UGCUUCAGCGGCGCUCAACUUCUCCCCCUAACCCUAAGGAAUGAAAGCUUUCCAGGCAGAUCUGGUCCUUCUGUGCUUCGUCCUUCUCAGCCAAGAACUUGGUCUCCCCAGGAGAGGAUGCUGUCUGGUCUUUGGGUUCAUGUACAAGGAGAAGUACCGGCGAAUGACUGAAGGCCCAGCAUCUUCUUUUACCCAGCAACCUCAGGACCAGGUGGUGAUUGCCGGGCAGCCUGUGACCCUGCUGUGUGCCAUUCCAGAGUACAAUGGAAUCGUGCUGUGGAUUAAAGAUGGACUUGCUCUCGGAGUAGGACGCGAUCUCUCAAGCUAUCCACGCUAUUUGGUUGUGGGGGACCAUCUGUCAGGAGAGCAUCACCUGAAGAUCCUGAGAGCAGAUCUCCAAGAUGAUGCGGUGUAUGAGUGUCAGGCCAUUCAAGCGGCCAUCCGUUCCAGACCGGCCCGGCUGACCGUUCUCGUGCCUCCAGAUGACCCAAUAAUUACCGGUGGCCCGAUCAUCAGCCUGCGAGCUGGAGAUCCUCUGAAUUUGACCUGCCAUGCGGACAACGCCAAGCCAGCAGCAUCCAUUAUUUGGAUGCGGAGAGGGGAAGUAAUCAAUGGAGCAACCUAUUCCAAAACGGUGCUCCGUGACGGCAAGAGAGAAAGCAUCAUGAGCAUGCUUUUUGUCUCCCCAUCUGACAUUGAGAAUGGUCAGACCAUCGUUUGCCGGGCCACCAACAAGGCCAUCCCUAGUGGGAAAGAGACCUCUGUCACCAUUGACAUUCAACAUCCGCCUCUCGUCAAUCUGUCAGUAGAACCUCAGCCUGUCCUUGAGGACAACACUGUAAAGUUUCACUGCUCUGCUAAGGCCAACCCUGCAGUCACCCAAUACAGGUGGGCCAAAAAGGGACACAUUAUAAAGGAAGCAUCAGGUGACUCUUAUGAGGCAAUUGUUGACCAUACCUAUUUUUUCGAACCAGUCUCUUGCGAAGUGACCAAUGCUUUGGGCAGUACCAACAUCAGCAGGACAGUAGAUGUUUACUUUGGGCCACGAAUGAUGACAGAGCCACAAUCCCUCCUUGUCGACCUCGGAUCGGAUGCCAUAUUUAACUGUGCAUGGAUUGGAAACCCAUCUCUGACCAUCGUCUGGAUGAAGCGGGGCUCUGGCGUGGUCCUGAGCAAUGAGAACACACUGACGCUAAAAAAUGUGCGUCAAGAGGAUGCUGGAAAAUACGUCUGCCGAGCUGUGGUCCCACGCGUGGGUGCAGGAGAACGGGAAGUGUCUCUGACUGUCAACGGGCCACCUAUCAUCUCCAGCACGCAGACACAGCAUGCUCUUCACGGGGAAAAAGGCCAGAUCAAGUGCUUCAUCCGUAGCACUCCUCCACCAGACCGAAUUGCCUGGUCCUGGAAGGAGAACGUCCUGGAGUCAGGAACCUCAGGGCGAUACACAGUAGAAACCGUCAGCACGGAUGAAGGUGUGAUCUCCACGUUAACUAUCAGCAACAUCGUACGGGCUGACUUCCAGACCAUUUACAACUGCACCGCCUGGAACAGUUUUGGUUCAGACACCGAGAUCAUCCGCCUGAAAGAACAAGGUACGGAAAUGAAGUCAGGAGCUGGUAUGGAAGCAGAGUCAGUGCCAAUGGCAGUUAUCAUAGGCGUUGCAGUCGGAGCUGGUGUGGCAUUCCUGGUAUUGAUGGCCACCAUUGUGGCCUUCUGCUGUGCUCGGUCACAGAGAAAUCUGAAAGGUGUGGUUUCAGCCAAGAAUGAUAUCCGAGUCGAGAUUGUUCACAAGGAGUCCGCCUCAGGCAGAGAAACCGAGGAACACCCAACGAUCAAGCAGCUGAUGAUGGACAGGAGCGAGUUUCAGCAGGAUUCAGUUCUUAAGCAGCUAGAGGUGCUCAAGGAGGAAGAGAAGGAAUUCCAGAAUCUGAAGGACCCCACCAAUGGUUAUUACAGCGUGAACACCUUCAAGGACCACCACUCCACUCCCACCAUCUCCCUCUCGGGUUGCCAGCCAGACCUGAGACCCGCCAACAAACAGCGCGUGCCGACCGGCAUGUCCUUCACCAACAUCUACACCACCCUGAGCGGGCAGAACCGCCUCUACGACUACAGCCAACGCUUCGUCUUGGGCAUGGGGAGCAGCUCCAUCGAGCUGUGUGAGCGGGAAUUCCAGCGGGGGUCCAUGAGCGACAGCAGCUCCUUCCUGGACACGCAAUGCGACAGCAGCGUCAGCAGCAGCGGCAAGCAGGACGGCUACGUCCAGUUCGACAAAGCCAGCAAGGCCUCGGCCUCCUCGUCCCACCACUCGCAGUCCUCGUCGCAAAACUCAGACCCCAGCCGGCCCCUGCAGAGGAGAAUGCAGACCCAUGUGUGAGGGGGAAGGAUGGGACUGGAGACGGAGGCGAUUGGGAGGGAAAGCAGGAGCGGGCAGGCCGGCAAAAGGAGGGGGUCCUGGUGCCGCCUGGCCUGAAGCCCGGCCCUGCCGGCAGCUGGGACCCUGCUGACAGGUCGGCACAUUCCGGGUGGGGUGGAGGCUGUUCUAUGGUUUCCUUUGCAUCCUGGCGACUUUUAAUUCCUUAAGGGACUCCCCCCUCCCUCUCUAGAGUCAAAAUGACAGCCGGUGCAAAGUGAAGGGAGCUAGAAUGAGGCUGCGCUGCAGAUAAACAAAGGAACAUAUACCUCCCUUCCUUUCUUCCUAGACCUGUUUCCCCCACAAGCCCCCAACUUCCCACCCUAUUUAGAAGGUGGAGGAGAAUCGACGGCAGCUGAACCCAAACUAAUUUUAAGCACAACAUCUGUUUCCUUCCUGUAGCAGACUGGGCUUAUGGGAAUGGGGAUAAAGAAAGGCAAAAGACGAGACCAUUUAUUUGGGAACUAGAGGUUGACACAAAAUCCACAAGCUUACUUUCCCGUACGUUUAGUCUGUUGCCUCUUCUUUCAAGGAGAGGCCAAGGUUCUAAAAACUCCAUGGGAAUACAAAUAUCCACAGUCUUUAGUGGGACACUAGGGGGAAGAAAUCUGCCUUUCCCUUGUUCAUUCCCAAUAAGAUUACCUGCCUGGCCACAGGAUGUUUUGAGACAGUACAUGGUCUUCCUGUUGACCAGCCAUUUUGUAUUUCCCAGUUCCUCUGGCGAGGAGCUCCCUCAGUUCUACGCAAUGGGGACAUGCUACCUUCCACCUUAAGAUCUCUGUCAACUCUUCUUAUGGCUGGUCGCUCCGUGAAGAAAGGAUGGCCUUCUUCCUGGCAUCUUUCUCCCCCCUUCCCCUAACUUCCUCUUCCUUUGUGACACCACUUCCUGACUGUGGACAUUUUGAAGAUGGUGGACCUUCGACGCCGUUCCAUUUGCCAGCCCACUGCCCUUCUUGACGCUUCGUCCCGUUUCCAAACUGUAAUCCCAAAAUGUGUUCUUCAAGCAACCUCAAAGAGUGUGGCUUAAUUUAAAGGAAGUUCGGUGUGAUGUGGGGAGGGGAACAGCCAUUGGUGUAACUUAAUGUGCACUGACUGCUAAUUCUGGUUUGGUUUGGUUUUUCCUUGGUUUUUCUUUAUUUUGUUUGGUGUUUAGUGUUCAUAAUAUUACAGUGUGUCUUUGGACUAAAACAAACAAACCCUGAAGUUGAGAACUUUUCAGAGUUGCUUCUCAGCAGAACACACCUAGACAGACACACACAUACAUACACGCACAACAGAAAUACUGCCUGGAUCAGUUGCAGAGGAACUGUUGGCGGAUGGAGGUCUGAACUCAUCAUCCAAGUGACGUGCGACAAUCACAGAGAAGACCCUCCCAAAGGGGGGUACUGCGAGUGAACAUGGAGCAUUUUCUUACUGCUGCUUGUGUAUUUCCUGCCCCCUUCUUCAUACCCCCCCUCUCCUUCAAUAGCACAACUGGAAGAUUAAUACAAGAGUUGUUACAAGCACUUUGGCAGUGGAUUCAUUUGAAAGAUUGUCUAACUAAAGGUCUCUCUUCCAAGACAGAAAUUAUGCAAACGUUUUAGGGUAAAAGACAAGUCCACAAGGUGUCUUCCUAUGCUCUCAGUUCACUGUUGAGCAUUAGGUGAACACUCAGGAAGCAUCCCAGGUAAAUGCCAGGUGUGUUCAUCUUCCUGUCCUGACAUCCAGAAGCCAACUAGCUAUAGGGAUUGCACUGUCGUCAUUGGUCCCUCAAUGGCUUCAAUCUGUCAUGUACUGGGU